CCUCUUCCUCUUCAUCCCACUACCGUCUCUAGUUUCUCUAGUAAUUGACAGCGGAGUAACGACCUCCUUCCAUCCUUCCCUCCAUCUCUCCUUCCCCAGGGCCGAUUGUGGACACAUCCCGGGAAGGGAGGCUGUCGGCAGGCGGACUAAACAUUGGUAAGACGGCGAACGGCAGCGGACCUUGGUGCUGGUUUCCAUCGAGGUGCUUCUGGCGUUAGCCGUGUGUGUUUAGCCGCACGGAUCUUCAGCGCUGCCGCCCGCUUCCGCAGCCACCUGAAACAUGGCUGCGGCUUCGGUGAAAGUGGCGGUGAGGGUGAGACCCUUCAACUCCAGGGAGAUGGCCAAGGACAGCAAAUGCAUCAUUCAAAUGUCAGGAAACACAACAACAAUCCUGAACCCCAAACAGCCAAAAGAAAACAAGAGUUUCAACUUUGACUACUCUUACUGGUCUCACACCACGCCAGAGGACAUCAAUUAUGCGUCGCAGAUGCAGGUGUACAAGGACAUCGGUGAGGAGAUGCUGCUUCAUGCUUUCGAGGGCUACAACGUGUGCAUAUUUGCAUACGGACAGACCGGGUCGGGCAAAAGCUACACAAUGAUGGGGCGACAGGAGAGGGACCAAGAGGGCAUCAUACCUCUGCUCUGUGAGGACCUUUUUACCAAGAUCAGUGACAGCAACAAUGAGAACAGCAUGUCUUACUCUGUUGAGGUGAGUUACAUGGAAAUCUACUGCGAGCGGGUCCGCGACUUGCUGAACCCCAAAAACAAAGGCAAUUUGCGCGUGAGGGAGCACCCGCUGAUGGGACCCUAUGUGGAAGAUUUGUCCAAACUGGCCGUCACCUCUUACAACGACAUCCAGGACCUGAUGGACUCUGGAAACAAAGCAAGGACCGUUGCUGCUACAAACAUGAACGAGACCAGCAGCCGCUCCCACGCUGUCUUUAACAUCAUCUUCACUCAGAAGAAAUAUGACUCUGAAAGUGACAACACAUCAGAAAAGGUCAGUAAGAUCAGCCUGGUGGACCUGGCUGGUAGCGAGCGGGCCGACUCUACCGGAGCCAAAGGAACCAGACUGAAGGAAGGAGCUAACAUCAACAAAUCUCUGACAACAUUGGGCAAAGUUAUUUCCGCUUUAGCUGAGCUGGGCUCAGUACCAAAUAAGAACAAGAAGAAGAAGAAGGCGGAGAGUUUUAUUCCAUACAGAGAUUCGGUCCUGACGUGGCUGCUGAGGGAGAACUUAGGUGGAAACUCUCGUACGGCCAUGGUGGCUGCUCUCAGCCCUGCCGACAUCAACUACGAUGAAACCCUAAGUACCCUGCGGUACGCCGAUCGUGCCAAACAGAUCCGCUGCAACGCCGUCAUCAAUGAGGACCCGAGCAACCGUCUCGUGCGUGAGCUUAAAGAGGAAGUGGCUCGCCUCAAGGACCUACUGUACGCUCAGGGCCUGGGCGACAUCAUCGAGAUGACCAACGCCAUGACGGGAAUGAGCCCGUCCCCAUCGCUGUCGGCCCUGUCCAGUCGCGCCGGCUCCAUCAGCAACCUCCACGAUCGUAUCUUUAGCCCGGCGAGUGAAGAGGCCAUAGAGAGGCUCAAGGAAACUGAGAAAAUCAUCGCAGAACUCAAUGAGACCUGGGAGGAGAAACUACGACGUACUGAGGCCAUUCGCAUGGAGAGAGAGGCUCUAUUGGCUGAGAUGGGUGUCGCCAUGAGAGAAGAUGGAGGCACUGUUGGUGUUUUCUCCCCGAAAAAGACGCCGCAUUUGGUCAACCUGAACGAGGAUCCACUGAUGUCGGAGUGUCUGCUGUAUUACAUCAAAGACGGCAUCACCAAGGUCGGCCGUGAGAACGCCAAGACUCGCCAAGACAUUGUCCUGAGCGGACAUUUUAUCCGAGAUGAACACUGCACCUUCAGCAGCACCACAGGCCCUCAGGGGGAAGGUUGCGUCGUCCUGGAGCCAUGCGAGGACUCAGAGACCUACGUCAAUGGCAAAAGGGUGACCUCGCCCACUGUAUUGCGCUCGGGCAACCGCAUUAUCAUGGGUAAGAGCCACGUCUUUCGCUUCAACGACCCUGAGCAGGCCCGGUUGGAGCGCGAGAGGACGCCGUGCGCCGAGACGCCAGUGGAGCCUGUUGACUGGGCCUUCGCUCAGCGAGAGCUGCUGGAUAAACAAGGCAUCGACAUGAAGCAGGAAAUGGAGCAGAGGCUUCAGGAACUUGAGGAUCAGUAUCGCAAAGAAAGAGAAGAAGCGAGUAUUUUGCUGGAGCAACAGAGGCUGGAUUAUGAGAGUAAGCUGGAGGCUCUUCAGAAGCAGGUGAACUCUCGCUACCUGGAGUCACCAGAAGAAGAAGAGGAGCCGGAGGAAGAAGUGCCGUGGACCAAGCGGGAGACCGAGCUCGCUCUAUGGGCUUUCAGGAAAUGGCGAUUCUACCAGUUCACUUCGCUCCGGGAUUUACUUUGGGGCAAUGCCAUCUUCCUCAAGGAGGCCAACGCUAUAAGUGUGGAGCUGAAGAAGAAGGUCCAGUUCCAGUUUGUCCUGUUGACGGACACACUUUACUCCCCCUUGCCUACUGAUCUGCUGCCUCCUAGCGAUAGUAAGGAUAGGGAGAGACGUCUUUUCCCUCGGACCAUCGUAGCCGUGGAAGUGCAGGAUCAAAAGAACGGCGCUACGCAUUACUGGACUCUGGAGAAACUCAGGCAGAGGCUGGACCUGAUGAGAGAAAUGUACGACCGAGCUGCAGAGCUCCCUAGCAGUGCCGUAGAGGACUGUGACCACGCCCUCUCCGGCGGCGACCCCUUCUACGACCGCUUCCCAUGGUUCCGUCUGGUGGGCAGGGCGUUUGUGUACUUGAGUAACCUGCUGUAUCCUGUGCCGCUGGUGCACCGCGUGGCCAUUGUGAGCGAGAAGGGUGAAGUGAAGGGCUUCCUUAGAGUGGCUGUGCAGGCUAUUUCAGCGGAUGAGGAAGCUCCAGAUUACGGUUCUGGUGUGAGGCAGUCAGGCACCGCUAAGAUCUCCUUUGAGGAUAAGCAGUUUGAGAAGUUCCAGACAGAGGCAUGCCCGAGCCUUCUUUCCCCCUCCAACACCUCCCAGGAGGAGCUCCGCAUUGUGGAAGGCGAGGGUCAGAAUGUAGAGAUGGGCAUCUCUGCAGAUGAAGUCAACAACAACACUUGUGAAGCCACUCCAGAGCCCCCAGAGAGCCCGGUGAAGAGUCUAGUGGGACUGGGUCUGGAUCUCCCUCUGGAACUCUCACCAGAGAAGGCUCUGUCUCACCUGCAGAUAGGCAGCACCUUCACCUUCAGAGUCACCGUCUUACAAGCCUCCAGCAUCUCGGCUGAGUACGCCGACAUCUUUUGCCAGUUUAACUUUAUUCAUCGCCAUGAUGAAGCGUUCUCCACUGAGCCAUUGAAGAACACUGGCAGGGGACCACCGCUUGGCUUCUACCAUGUCCAAAAUAUCACAGUGGAGGUGACCAAGUCCUUUGUGGAGUAUAUCAAGACACAGCCUAUUGUCUUUGAGGUGUUUGGUCACUAUCAAAAGCAACCUUUCCCACCACUCUGCAAAGACUUAAUCAGUCCACUGAGACCUUCCAGGCGGCAAUUUCCCAGAGUGAUGCCUUUGUCCAAACCGGUGCCGGCCACUAAGCUCAGCACGCUGACCCGCUCCACCGCUGGCCCUUGUCACUCUAAAUAUGACUUGAUGGUCUUUUUUGAGAUCUGUGAGCUGGAAGCGAGCGGAGAUUACAUUCCAGCUGUUGUUGACCACAGAGGCGGGAUGCCCUGCCAUGGCACUUACCUCCUGCAUCAGGGUAUUCAAAGGAGGAUCACCGUCACCAUUGCUCAUGAAAAUGGAAAUGACAUCGAAUGGAAGGAAGUGAAGGAGCUGGUUAUUGGUAAAUGUACAAAGAAAUUCCACUUUUUAAAUUUUAUUUUAUUUUUGUGUACAUAUUUUGCAUUUUCCCUAAUAAUCCUAUCAAUUUCAAAACCAGGUCGUAUCCGCAACACCCCUGAGGCUGAUGAGACCAUCAUAGACCCCAACAUCCUCUCCCUCAACAUCCUGUCUUCUGGAUAUUUCUGGCCAAAACCUGAUGACAAAACUUUCUAUCGCUUUGAAGCAGCAUGGGACAGCUCCAUGCACAACUCCCUUCUCCUGAAUAGAGUUACCCCCUAUGGAGAGAAAAUCUACAUCACCCUCUCAGCUUAUCUGGAGAUGGAGAACUGCACUCAGCCGACAGUCAUCACCAAAGAUUUUUGUAUGGUAUUUUACUCCCGUGACACAAAGCUUCCGGCCUCUCGUUCCAUCAAGAACCUCUUCAGUACGGGCUGUCUCAGGCCUUCAGAGAGUAACCGUGUCACCGGGGUCUAUGAGGUGACUCUCUGCUACGUGGCGGACAACGGAAGUCCAGGCAUGCAGCGGCGUCGCAGACGUGUUCUGGACACAUCAGUGGCGUACGUCCGAGGGGAGGAGAACCUGGCCGGAUGGCGACCUCGCAGUGACAGCCUCAUUUUAGACCAUCAAUGGGAGCUGGAGAAACUCAGUUUACUUCAGGAGGUGGAGAAGACUCGACACUACCUGUUACUACGAGAGAAACUAGAAGCGACCUUGCAGGCUGGACAGGAUGCCCUUUACAAGAGUGGCGACAUCAGCGACUUUGCAAAGAGUCCUGUCAUUAGCCAGAGUCCUAUAGGCAGCCCGGCGAUGGACAGCCCCAACCAGAGGCAGAGGGAGCUGGCUGCCAAGUGUCUGCGUCUGCUGAUGCACACCUUCAACAGGGACUACAGCCAGGUGAGCAGCAGUGCCAGUGAGAGCAAGCUCUCUGAGAUGUCCGCGUCAUUGAUGAGGGGGGAGUCCUGCUCCACGCUGAACACGCUCACUCCGUCCUCCACUUGCCCCUCACUGGUCGAGGGACACUACGACAUCAGACACACUGAGCCCGGUUCAGGAGCAUCCACCCCUGAUCUGGACCCGUUCAGCCCAGUGGACAGAAAGAAGACUCUCAAAAGCUGCAGCUUUGUUCCCGAUAUACAAGAGAUCCGAGUCAGCCCCAUCGUGUCAAAGAAGGGCUACCUGCACUUCCUGGAGCCGCACACCAGCGGCUGGGUCAAACGCUACGUGGUGGUGCGCCGGCCCUACGUUUACCUUUAUCGCAGCGAGAGAGACAAUGUGGAGCGAGCCGUCAUCAACCUGUCGUCGGCCAAGGUGGAAUACAGUGAAGACAAACAGACCUUGCUGCGGACCCCAAACACGUUCACCGUGUGCACCGACCAUCGUGGGAUACUGCUACAAGCCAACAAUGACAAAGAGAUGCAUGACUGGCUUUAUGCCUUCAAUCCUUUGUUGGCGGGUACCAUUAGGUCCAAACUCUCAAGAAGAAAGUCUCUCCAGUCAGUACCGGUUGCCCAGAGGAUGUAAGAAUAAAAGGGGCCUAUAGUGACAAAUGAUCUACUGUACACACCCACGCAUACACACACACACAAAUGGUACAAAUCACUCGCCUACCCCACCAACCACAUAAAUACACUUCUACAUAAAGCAACAUUGAAAUAACCUAUAUACACGCACACACACACACACACACACACACACACACACACACACACACACACACACACACACACACACACACACACACACACACACACACACACACACACACACACACACACACGCACACACACACACACACACACACACACACACACAUAUAUAUGUGUGUAUAUACUGUAUAUGUGUGUGUAUAUAUAUGGGUAUGUUACGUAUAUAUUAAUAAAUAUUUGU